AUGGAGCGGUUGCGCUGCCGCCUGCUGCGCGCCCUGCUGGCCGCCCGCGCCAGCCUGGAGCUGUGCCUCUUCGCCUUCUCCAGCCCGCAGCUGGGCCGCGCCGUGCAGCUGCUGCACCAGCGCGGGGUGCGCGUGCGGGUCAUCACCGACUGCGACUACAUGGCCCUCAACGGCUCGCAGAUCGGCCUGCUGCGCAAGGCAGGCAUCCAGGUGCGGCACGACCAGGACCUGGGCUACAUGCACCACAAGUUCGCCAUCGUGGACAAGAGGGUGCUGAUCACCGGCUCGCUCAACUGGACCACGCAGGCCAUCCAGAACAACCGCGAGAACGUGCUGGUCAUGGAGGACGGCGAGUACGUGCGGCUCUUCCUGGAGGAGUUCGAGCGCAUCUGGGAGGAGUUCGACCCCACCAAGUACACCUUCUUCCCGCAGAAGCGGAGGGCUCACUGAGGCCGCCCCGCCUUCAGAGCUGUGUUUGCGACCUCUGGCCCAGACCUGCCCGUGGGCGCACACACCGAACUGGAGGGGUGGGUGGGGAAGGGCAGUCCCUGCUGUAUCGGGAAGCCUUUCUGUCCCCUCGUUUGGUCCACGGUGACGCCCCGGGUGUGCCCCCAGGAGUCCCACACGGCCUCUGCAGCACGGAAGCUGAUGGCCCCUCUGGACUCCAGCAGACCUUCCGCCUCACCCAGCUCAGCCCUUUGGGGCACUGCUUCCCCCCAAGGCCCCUCCUGUCCAGCCCGCGGAUCUCCGGGGGGCGUGCCCGGCACCAGUGUGGUUGACGCCCGUCUCUCAGUCGCCCCCCCUGGCUGGGCCUAAGCCGGCGGGAGAAGGAAAGGGGCUUGGAGGGGUGAGCGGGGCCAAGGCGCUGCCUUCACCCCCCUGAACC